GUCAGUAGGCAUGUUGUGACUUUUAAAUUGUGUGAAAUGCGUAGAUAAGCCAUAAAUAAAAAAAGAAGUUAAAAAAAAAGUUAGAAAAUAUGAAAUAUUUACAUUUACUUUCAAGUGGAGUAUUAGAAAAAAGUGUUUUGAGUACCGUCUUCUGGUAUUAGAUGUGAACAAAGCAAAAGGUAAUGGAAGAACGCCUUGAUCUUACCUGCUCCGAACGCGAUGUAGUUGCUCCACUUGCAGAUGUUUCACCAACAACAGGCGCAAUAAACGGAGUUUUGCCUGCUGAUGCGAUACUGGGAUAUUGCCUUAUCGAGUUCAUCACUGCAGACGACUCGCAGCCGGUUCCGAGGUGUUUGUAGUUUCAAUGGUAAACAUGGUUGUUUAAAGUGUGUGACAGUUGGAACGUAUUCACACACUUCGCAUACUGUUGUAUUCUCCGACACGAGAAGUCCUGAAAGGAGUAAUGAAGGGUUCCGGAAUAAAUUAUAUGGUGCACACCAUAAAUGUAACUCGCCAUUGUUAAGUCUACCAAUUGACAUGGUGGCCAAUUUCCCAGUAGGCGAUUCCCUUCAUCUCAUUGAUUUAAAAAUAAUGAAAAGAUUACUGAUUGGCUGGCGUGACGGCAACUUUGGAAAGUACAUUACGAAAUGGCGUGCAAGCGAUACUGAAGCAGUUACAUUGUUUUUAAACCAAUGUAAAUUACCCUCUGAGAUACAUCGUUCAGUGCGAGGGCUUGAUUCUUUAGCGUAUUGGAAAGCGUCAGAAUUUAGAUCGUUUUUUUAUUAUAUUAGCAUUGUCAUUUUACCUGAUGUUUUAAGUCCUGAUACUUUUUCACACUUUUUGACACUCUACUGUGGAAUAGGAAUUUGUUCCAAUACAGCUUAUCAAUACUUAUUACCACGGGCAGAACAACUUCUGAGAUAUUUUGUUCAAAAUUACAAAGAUUUUUAUGGAGCAACAUAUGUAACUAGUAAUGUCCACAAUUUACUACAUGUUACUGCUGAAGUUGAAAUGUAUGGAACUCUUGAUACCUUUAGUGCAUAUCCGUUUGAGAACAAAUUGUACAUGAUCAAAAGAAUGCUGAGAGAUGGUAAAAAUCCACUUUCACAGGUGGCCAAAAGACUAACUGAAGAUGCGGAGAACAAUGGGAUGAAUAUUCACCUUGAAAAAAAAAAGAAAAACUGA